AUGACACUGCAUAUAAUUAUUUUUUCCAUUCUCCUGCAUUCCCGGUUGCUAACAUCGUAUAUACAUAACCUAUAUAAUGAUCCCAACGAUACUUUUGGUUGGAGUGAUAAAUUAAGGGAUAAAAAUCCCACUUCUAAUAUUAUUCUAAUCCUCACAAAUUAUUCCGAAAAUGUCACAUACAAACAUAUACAAAUAAAACCGCUGACGAAUAUACGUCAAUCUUUAAAAGAGUCCAUUGAUAUAUUUCAAAAUUACACGUUCAAUAAAAAUCAUGAAGCAAACUCAAGCGAUUUUUUUACAAACAAUGCAACACCCUACAGAUGCGGACAAUAUUUCGACUGUAUUAUAUACGACAAAACAGAAACGCCUUUUAAAAAUAACUCAUUUAUGAAACAAUUAUCAACGGACCAAAAGGUGCUAUUAUUCGAAAAAAUGACCUCUCUCGAUUCGAAUACAAAUUCAAAUGGUUUAGAGAGUCUCGAUUUUAAAACUGAUGUAAAUGAGAAUAAGAUUCUUUCUAAUAUAAUCCUUCGAGAAGCACCCGAUUACAAUUGGACCGAAAAUGACGAACAUUUUGAGACGAAUCCCUACUUGAGUCUGGACGAAGUUAAUGAAUCCAUCGAUGAAGCCAUUUCACAAGCCAAAAUAAUUGAACGAGAUUGGGAUUCGGGAUUAUUUGAUUUGCCGGUUGAAGGACUUCACGAUAACUCAAUAUACAAUUUUCCUAAAACCAUUUAUGCCAAAUAUGGUAAAAUCGGGAUCAUAACCUCUUUAACGUCCCACAUCUUAGGAAAUAAAUUAAAAUCCAGAAUAGAUGAUUCACGACAUAUAAUACAAAUUCUGACUAGUUUAAACCUGAGAAGGACUCUAAUGAGGGAAAUAUGUCCCGUAAAAAAUGAUAUAUUAAAAAAAGAAUGUACUAGGAAAUAUAGGACGUAUGAUGGUUACUGUAAUAAUCUGAGACACAAAACUUGGGGUAUGUCAAUGUUCCCUCCAAUGAGACUUUUGCCUCCAGACUAUGCUGAUAAAUUAAACUCACCCAGGAAAGCCAAAGAUGGAACAGAUUUACCAAAUGCACGAUUGUUAAGCAUGAAUGUAUUUUCAUCAUUCCCCGUUAGCGAUAAAAAAAUUACGUCAAUGAUAACUAACUUCGGUCAAUUCGUGGACCACGAAAUAAAUUUGUUUCCGUUACCUUACGGUCGAUUUACUCCUAGACUAAAAUGUUGCGAACCCCAAUAUGAACAUCCUUUGUGUUUGCCACUUCCUAUCCCAAAUAACGAUAGUAUUUUUAAUCAGUUCAAUCACAGUUGCAUGGAAAUGAUGAGGUCCUUGCCCGGGAUAUACGAAAAUUGCAGAUUAGGCCCUCGACAACAGAUAAAUCAAUUGACAUCCUUUAUCGAUGGUUCUGUUAUAUAUGGUAGUACACCCAAGGAUGCAUUGGAACUUAGAACACUCCAAAAUGGUAUGUUAAAGACAUUGAAACAUCCAUUGAAUUCCCAUAUGAAAGAUCUUUUGCCAUUGUCCAACGGAACAAGAUCCGAAGAGUGUACAUUGUUACUUCAAGAUAAAAAGUAUCCUUGUUUUUUAGCAGGAGAGGAGAGAGCAAAUGAAAAUGUUCCGAUAACGGCAAUGCAUAUUCUAUGGGUAAGAGAGCACAAUAGGAUCGCCGAAAAGUUAUCAGAAAUUAAUCAAUAUUGGAACGACGAAACCCUAUAUCAAGAAAGUAGAAGGAUUGUAGGAGCCAUAUUGCAAAAUAUUAUUUAUAAAGAAUUUUUACCCAAGGUUUUGGGUAACAAAAAUAUGCAAAAAUAUUUGCUCGACAUGUUAAAUAUGGGAUAUUUUACUGGAUACAAUGAAAAAGAAAAUCCAACCAUUGCUAAUGCUUUCAGUACAGCCGCAUUUAGAUUCGGACAUAGUUUGUUAAAAAUUGGUUACUUGCAUUCCUACUAUUCUCCUAUGCCUCUAAGAAAAUCCUUUUUCAAUCCAAAAAUAUUAUAUGGCUUGGAAUUUCCAGAGGGUGUGGAUUCAAUGUUGAGGGGAUCAUUCACUCAAUUAGCUCAAGCUAUGGAUGAAAACUUUGUGCCCGACAUCAAGCACAAUCUGUUUAAGAGAGAAAAACAAUUUUUUGGUAGAGAUCUAUUAUCGAUUAAUUUGCAAAGAGGAAGGGAUCACGGAAUACCAGGCUAUAACGAAUAUAGAGAAUGGUGUGGAUUAAAACGAUUUUAUGACUGGAAGGAAAUGGAAGAUUCAUAUAUGCACUCUUUUACUCAGGCCAAAAUAAAAAAAUUCUACAAACACCCUGAUGAUAUUGAUUUAUUUUUGGGUGGAAUAUGUGAAAAGGCGGAAUCAGAUUCCUUAGUGGGCCCUACGUUCGCUUGUAUCAUUGGCAGACAAUUUCAGAAAUUAAGAUUCGGUGACAGGUUUUGGUUCGAAAAUGCACCAAAAUACCCAGGCAUCACUUAUCCUUUUACUCGCGAACAAUUAGAAGAAAUACGUAAGGUGUCACUUGCAAAAAUUAUCUGUAUAAAUUCUGAUAACAUAGUUGAUAUUCAAAAGGACGUCUUUUUGGUUCCUAGCACAAAAAAUAGAGUCUUAAAAUGUGAAGAUAUACCGAACGUUAAUUUUGAUUAUUGGAAACAAUAG